GCAUGCAUUAAUCUGUCAUAUUUCUUUAAUCCAACAUCCUUUUUUAUUUCUUACAAAUUGUGUUCAAUCUAUUAACUACUUAUCAAUCAAUUUAUGCAAAUAGGCAUUAUCUAAGUACAUAAUUGUGAUAUUGCGUGACUAAUUACUUUGUUCUAUUCCAAAUAAAAAAAUAUUAUUUCGUCCGUGUUCAUCGAGCUGUGAUAAAAUAAUUUAUUGUAGAAUAAGGGAAGAAUGGCUAACACCUUCACAUGUAUUACUUGUCAGGUGUUGUUUAAAACACCAGAAUUACAACGUGAACAUUAUAAAUUGGAUUGGCAUAGGUAUAACCUAAAGCGGAAAGUGGCUUCAAUACCACCUGUGUCAUUAGAGGAAUUUGAACUUCGGUUGAAGGAGCACAAAGAACAGACAGAAAAUGCGAACAAUGAUGAAUCCCACUACUGCAAGUGCUGUACAAAGAUGUUCAGUACAAAAAAUUCAUACAACAAUCAUUUGAACAGCAAGAAACAUAAGUUAGCUGAGGAGAGAUACGAAAGUGAGGAGCAUUCAGAUACUGACAGUUUCGUGAAGGUAGAAGCUGGACAGCCAUCUAAACAGCCUGGGAAGUUUGUUGUUCUCAAUGCUGAUGAUUCUGGGGAUGAAGAUAUUGAGACAGAUUCUGAAAUUGAAGAGUUAGACUCUGAUGAGUGGGAAGAAUGUCGUAUCAAAGGUAGUGAUUCUCUCAUAAAGCCACGAGACUGUUUAUUCUGCACUCAUCACAGCAAAAAUAUGGUCAAAAAUCUUAAGCACAUGUUACAGGCACAUUCUUUUUUCAUUCCUGAUGUUGAGUAUUGCAUUGAUGUCAAAGGCCUUCUGUUGUAUUUGGGAGAAAAGAUUUCACAAGGCUAUAUGUGUCUAUGGUGCAAUGAUACUGGCAAAACUUUCUACUCAAUGGAGGCUGCAAGAGCACACAUGAUUGAUAAAGGACACUGUAAAAUGUUGCAUGAAGGACUGGCAUUGGCUGAGUAUGCUGAUUAUUAUGAUUAUAGUUCCUCUUAUCCUGACAAUGAUAAGAAUGAUGAAAAUAUGGAUAUUGAUGAAGAGGUAGAUGGACCUGUUACUCUAGAAGGUGAUGACUUUCAGCUGGUGCUGCCCUCGGGUGUAGUUGUUGGUCAUCGUUCCCUCAUGAAAUAUUAUAAACAAAAUCUCACUAGCAACAGUCAGGCUUUAGUGAAGAAAUCUGAUCGAAAAUUGCAUAGACUUCUGGGAGUCUACCGAGCAUUGGGCUGGGCGCCCAAAGAACAGGAAUUAGCAGCUAGGAAAGCAAGAGAUAUUCACUUCAUGAAACGUGUACAGUCAAAAUGGCAGAUGAAACUUUCAUUAAAAAGUAACAAGUUCCAGAAACAUUAUCGACCCCAAGUAAACUUUUAAAUGUAAUAGCUACAUUAAUAGCGAAAAUUUCCUGGUAUACAUAUUUACGUAAAGGAUUUCUUAGUUGUUAUUAGUCAAAUCAUAAAACUGUUUAAAAUAAUCUUGUUGUAUAUGGGUAACUAGGAUCGUGUCUAGGGUUGGAGUUGUUUUCUUUAAUAGUAUAAUUUUGUCAAAUACAUCUGUACUUACUGGUCCAUAGCAAAAAGUUCACGUGUACUCUAAAUCAAUUUAAAAUUAAUUACAUUAGAAAGCAAUUGCGGCCUUAUUACAACCCUUUUAGUCAUUUGUCAUUGACGAUUUGUUAUUAAUAAUGAUUUACACGAAGAUGAAUAUAUUCAUUUUUCAGAUCCUAAUUUUAAAUAAUUCGCCACUUCUUGUCAUAUUCAUAUUUUUGGGCAUAUGAAUAUUUAAUAAUUUUUAUUUACGAAUAUAUUCAGUUAUACUAAUUUGACAAGACGAGUUGUGACGAAUAAUGUUAAAAUUUUUUUAUUCACAUAUAACGUUCUUAUUAAAUAUUUACGAUUCGUCAAUGUGAGAAUGUAGCCUUAGUAAUUGUGCUGUUUUUCUCACUUGAUACACCAAUUUCUGCACUAUUAUAUGUAACUGGUAUAGAGUAGUCCAAACUUGAUGUUGUGGCGUAAGUGGUUUGAAUGUGUUUAUAAAUAAAAUAAUGUAGAAGAAACGGAUAAAUAGUAACAAUCAGUAUAUACAUAUAUAAGUAACAGUGUCGGUUAUUGUCAUCAAAGGAAUCGUCAGCCUACUUUACGUUCCUGGUACAUAAUAUAAAAAUAUAUUUUCUCGUUAUUUCUUAUGCGUACAGUAGCGUAAAUGUAUUUUAUAGUGAAACCUUAUGAGCCCUCAGAUCUCUAAUGUUAUGAAAGGUGUUUUUAUGGAAGAUACAAACUUCAAGUUUGGGCAAUUAUUGGCAUUUUAAACAAAACUUUGCUUGAUAUUCAUUUUGAUAGUUCUAAUUGAAAUACACCUAUUAUUUAGUAGAGGAACUGCAGCAUAUUUGGAAUACUAGUUUGAUUUUUGAGAAUAAAUUGAAAGAGGAACGGGAUCGGUAGGUAAAAAAUACAUUUAAUUAUUGUCAAAGUAUUAAACUUUAAUAAUGAGAACAAUCAAAUAUAACAAAAACCAAAAUCUUUAUAAAAAUGCCUAUGCAACUAGAAAACUCCAAAAACUAUAUAUGACUUAGAGUGCAGGUAAUUUGGAAUAUAGUAUUCCAAAAUACAUUCACAUUUUUUCUUUCUUUAUUGCUUACACUUUUUCUUAGAAACUAAUAGAUUUCUUAUCUUUGUAACAGUUUUAUUAAUCUUUAGUUCUCUAGAUAAUCAAUCUUUUUCAAUAAUCAGUCACAAUAAACACUGAUCAGUGUUUAGUUUGAAGUUAUAGUUUACUAUUCUUAGUUACUCUUGCAGUAAUCACAUAUAUACACACCGGAUUCAUAAUCAUCACAAGCACCAUGAACCCACAAUUCGCACAUUCAAUACUGUACCCCAUUCUUCACCCCUUUUAUCCUCCCUAUAUUUUCCGUUACAGAAAUAUACUCAGCGUCUUCGUCGGUAGGGACUGCAAUCUCAUCUCUCUUGCUACAUCGUCGGAAGAGUCUGUGUUAUUUUCAGAUAUAGCCCUAGGAUUCGGAUUUGAUGAAUCACUCUCUGUCAUAUUUCUUUUCCUUGUCUAUUUUGCUAUCUUUUUCUUGCUCUUUUCCUUAAUAUUUUCUCUUUGUUUUGUUUUCUUUAUCAUACUUUUUAAAUUGUGCAUUCUCAAGAUCUUUUUUUAUAAGAAGAACUUGAAAUUACUGCCGAUCUUGCUGGCUUACCGCCUCUAAUGCUAGUAUUCUUUUUUAUUACUACUUAUAAAAUAUGCAUAAAAUUUGGAAUAUUCCAAAUUAUGUUCACUCUCGGUAUUCCAAAUUAACAACACAUCAACCUUACCUAAAAAUCCAUGUCACAUUUUUAAUUUUAGAAAUAUUCACCAAACCAUUGUAACAUCUUAAACUAACAAGGUCAACUAGCUGUUUAAAUAAUUAUAAUAAAGAUUUAAAGUAUUACAGUAAAGAUUACAAAGGAUUGCAUUCUUACCGAAAAAGUUUUCAAAACAAGUGUCUCGUUUCUUUGGGGCUGGUAGCUGGAAUGUCCAAAUGGUGUCCUGAUUUUAACUAUCUAUGGCUUCGUAUAUCGAAUGGCGUUAUGUUUACUUCAAAAAAACACAGAUAGCGUUUAUAUUGAUUCAGAUAUGGAAGUAUUCCAAAUUACCUGCAGUAUUCCAAAUAUGCUGCACUUCCUCUAUAUUACUUUUCUCGAAUGUAUGCAUUGUCGUAUGAAAUAUUUUUAUUUUGGUGCUGUGGAAUAUACAAUGAAUAUCGUAAAUAGUGAUAUGUAAAUAUAAUUAUUUCUUACAUUGAUAAAAACGCUUGUAUAAUACAACAAAGUCAACAUGUUUAAUAGUAAGGAUCUCCUAAUUAUUCAGAUUAUUAUUAUAUCUACUAUGUGAUUCUAUGUACACUAUUAAAUAUGUAAUAUCUAGAAAUUAUAGCUACAUACAGUAAUGAAAUGUGAAAAAAGUGAAAAGAAAAUAAAAAAGAAAUAAAAAUCGUAAAACUGAAA